CGCCCUUCUUUGUCGACGCAUUUCAUGGUAUCAUUCAGUUGCCACACACGCAGUCCCUUCUUUUUCUUGCCCUUAAUGAGCUUUAGCUUAGCUAUAACUCGCUAGCUAGCUGUACGGGUGUUUAAUUCUCUCUAUUGAUACUAUACCCACACUCACAUAUAUAUAGAUAUAUUUACCCUUGGAGAAGAGAGAGGGACAGACAGACACAGAAUCACCAAGCAAGUUAGUUAGCUAGCUAGCCAUAGCUAGUACGACUCUCUGAUGAGAAGUUCAUACACAGACAGAGUUACAUGGCUAAUCUCUUCGUGUGUGCCUGUGUGUGUGUGUUUUCUGGGAAAUAAUUAAUAUUCGUCCGAUCUCUGCAAGCGGAACUGGUGGACUUAAUCAAGGAAACAAAAAUCAGUCGUUUUUUGAUGAGUUACAUGAUGAGAGAUCAAACGGGAGAGAACCUUGAGGCUCAGACGACGAUCAGGAAAGGGGCGGACCAAGGCCACCAAGAUGAAUCAGCAGCCACCAUCACCUUCUCCGAUAUGAAGCCAACCAGACCUGUUACUUUAAAGUUUCAGGACAUUGUUUACACGGUAAACAUUCGCAAGAAAGGAAGCUUAUUGUCAUCAUUUGCAAAGGUCCAAAAACCCGAGGCGAAAAUGAUCCUGAACGGAAUAUCGGGCAUAGUCUCGCCUGGUGAGGUGCUGGCGAUGCUCGGCCCUUCAGGAAGUGGCAAGACAACCUUGUUGACUGCUCUUGGAGGUCGUUUGGAGAGCGGCAAACUGACUGGAUCUAUAACCUACAACAACAGGCCAUUCUCAAACUUGCUCAAGCGGAACACGGGAUUUGUGACUCAAGAUGAUAUCAUGUACCCUCACCUGACCGUCACUGAAACCCUAGUAUUCACGGCCCUCCUGAGGCUCCCCAGGACAUACACGAAGGAAGAGAAGGUCGCCCAUGCAGAGGCGGUAAUAAGCCAACUAGGUUUAACCAAGUGCAAGAACAUCAUUAUAGGAGGCUAUAAAAAUAAGCUCCUUAGAGGGGUAUCAGGAGGCGAGAGAAAGCGUGUCAGCAUCGGCCAGGAGAUGCUCAUAAACCCUAGUCUAUUGUUACUCGAUGAGCCUACCUCAGGUCUUGACUCAACGACAGCUCAGAGGAUUGUGAAGAAGCUAUGGGAACUUGCUAGUGAGGGGAGAAGGACGGUCGUGAUGACCAUUCACCAGCCCUCAAGUCGGAUAUUUUACAUGUUCCAUAAGGUUAUGGUCUUGUCGGAGGGCAGGCCCUUGUACUUUGGGCUGGGAAGUGAAGUCAUGCAAUAUUUCUCCACUGUCGGUUACACACCUUCUGUGGCCAUGAAUCCUGCCGAUUUCCUGCUUGACCUCGCAAAUGGUGUUGCUCCUGAAGAUGAACUUAAAGAUAAAGGGUCCGUCAAGCAAGCUCUGGUGUCAGCUUAUAAGGACCACCUUGGCGAUAGAUUGAAACAAGAACUUCUCGAAGAUGAUAAAGGGCUCGACAGUGGACAGCGAGGAGAAGACAAGAACACCGGUGAGUGGGCGACGACUUGGUGGGAUCAGUUCAGUAUUUUGCUCAGAAGAGGAGUCAAGGAGAGGAAGCAUCAGUCCUUCUCUGGUAUCAAGAUGGCGCAAGUUCUGGUGGUAGCUCUCAUCUCCGGCUUGUUAUGGUGGCAAUCAGAUGCUGCUCAUUUGCAGGAUAAGAUUGGGCUGCUCUUUUUCUACUCGGCCUUCUGGGGCUUCUUCCCUCUGUUCCAGGCCAUCUUCACCUUCCCGGAGGAGCGACUGAUGCUGGAGAAGGAGCGGUCAUCGGGCAUGUACAAGCUCUCGUCCUACUUCAUGUCGAGGAUAGUAGGUGACCUCCCGAUGGAGCUCGUGCUCCCGACGAUCUUCAUGGUCAUCACAUACUUCAUGGCAGGGUUCAAGCCCACGGUGGCCUACUUCAUGAGCACGCUCUUUACACUCCUCUACAGCGUGCUAGUGGCCCAGGGGCUCGGGCUCGCCAUAGGGGCCCUAGUCAUGGACCAGAAGGCAGCCACGACGUUUGGGUCAGUGCUGAUGCUGUCCUUCCUGUUAGCCGGAGGGUACUACGUCCAAAAUGUCCCUCCAUUUAUAGCCUGGAUUAGGUACAUUUCCAUAAGCCACUACACUUACAAGCUCUUGUUGGGCUCACAGUUUAGGCCCAAUGAGACUUACCCAUGUGGGGCCAGGAGGGAUUGUCUGGUGGGCGAGUUCCCUUCUAUAAAGAAAGUGGGGCUGGAUGGGCAAGCAUCGGCUAUCGUUGCCUUGGGUAUUAUGUUGGUGGGCUAUAGGCUCAUUGCUUAUGUUGCCCUCAUGAGGAUUGGAGUCACCAAGUCCAAGAAGAGGUGAAUGCGUGACCACACCCACCCACCCCCCCCCUCAUGAAGCUUUAUUAUGCAUUACUGAUUAAUCGAAGCAAUGGAGAUGAACAAAUUAAUACGACACUCGCUGUCGCAGCAGACAUAUAUAUAUAUAUAUAUAUAUUAAGGUUUUCGCGUUUGUACUUGUGGAUGCUCUACAUGAUUGGAUAUUAUAUCUGUUCUGCUUCGCA